UAGUGGACCGUGUAAGGCCAGGAAGGAGGGAGUGAAUAAAAGAUGGCUUCUUCCGGAUCAUAGCCUUGAAAACCAAGAGGAGAAGGAUGGAGAAGGGCUGGACCAUGUGGCUGUCACCACUGCCGCUCCUGUUGCUUGGUCUGAUGACUCCAUUUGCCACUGCCCAGAGCCUGAGCUACCUGGACUUGGUGAACCGAUUCAUCGACAACUACAACAAGAAGUCGAUCUCAAGCAACCUCUUCCAACUCCUGGUUCUGAAUCUGCAGCCUGAGGCAAACAAUGACCCUGCUACUCCCCGUGCCCUGAACUUUACCAUGAUGGAGACCGUCUGCCCCAAAACCAAGCAACACAAUCUGGUUGAGUGCAGAUUUAAGAAGAAAGGGCUGGUGAAACAAUGCUCUGGAACCAUCUCCUUGGAUGCUACUCAGCCCUCUAUCAAUAUUUCUUGUGGUGGGCCUGAAGACAUAAAGAGUGGUGGUUUUUUGCAUCGAAUUAUUCGGAGUUUUGCAAAUUUCAUUCAUCAAAAAUAUAGAAUCCUGCUGGACAAAUAUAGGAAACUACAGGACAUUUUUUCUGGAUCAGGUGACAAGGUGUAGGAUCUUAGGGUGAAUCUGCACCUAAACUUCUGCUUCUGGUGCCAAAUUCUGCCCUGGUCCCCUUGGGUUAAUAAACUUUGUGUGAAAUGGUUGGUUUUGGCCUUCUCUAUCUCAGUGUUCUCUCCAACCCCCUUCUC